CAGCAAUGGAAGGGUGGGGGGGGUUCCAUCGAUGCAGCUAAUCCACCCUCCACCCUACACGUGAGGCAGUAGCUGGGCCAAUGGAAGGAUUCUUCUCUUGACCUAGCCAUGUCUACUCCAACGGCUGGGUCAACUUUCCCACGGCGCACAGGGUGUGACACUUGUUGCAGCCCUCAGUGACCUAGCUAGGUCAAUCUAAGUUUAAGUGUUGAGCGGGUCUACAAGAUGAAGUCUUUUCUGUAAAUAAAUUUUGGGAGUCUUUGAUCAGAGAAACUAGCAAUUGCUGGAAGGUUCCUUCUCCAGGCAGAGUUCUCUUUCCCUGGGAACUGUGCAUUUUAACAGAAGCUUAAUUAAUGCUCUCUAGACAAGAUGUCCCACCUCUUGACUCUCAUUGUCUUUAGCUCCAAAAGGGAGCUAAGGUUUGGGGUAGGCAUAAGAGCUAGUGCCACCAGAUGGGUGAAUGGGCAGAGAGAACUUGUCACCAUCCUAUUUUCAAGGUGUGUUUGUACGUCUCUGCCUCUCACAGCUACCUUAGUUCCCCCAAACCGAGAUUCAGGCCCAGGUCUGCAAAUAUCCUGGACUCCAGCAGAGUCAGCUUGUCAUUGCCCAGAGCUGGGGAGAGAACCCAGGAGUCCAUGUAGUGCCCCCCCACUCCCACUCUGUGUUCUUUCCCCCAGAUUCCAGGUGGAUUUCCAGUGUGGCUGCAGUCUGAUGCCCCGGCCGGACAUUGCCGUCCACUUCAACCCCCGCUUCCGCUCCCGGCCUCAUGUAAUCUGCAACACCCUGCAGAACGGGCGCUGGCUGGAGGAGACCAAGUUCCCCCACCUCCCUCUCAAGAGGGGAGAGGCCUUCCAGCUGCUCUUCCUCUUUGGGCAGGAUGAGGUGCAGGUGAGUGUGAAUGGGCAGCACUUCCUCCAGUACCGCUCCCGCCUGCCCCUGGCCCGAGUGGACACCGUAGGGGUGUUUGGUGACAUCACGGUGAAGAGCCUGGCCUUCCUGCGCAGCAAUCCCUUUGACACCAGCCGAACUGAGUACCCUGUUGCUCACCCAAUGCAGCUGAACAGCUCCAAGCUGGCUGUGCCAUACUGCCACCCGCUCCCCCAUGGACUUGCAUCAAGAGGCACCAUUACAGUGAGGGGACUCGUUUGCCCAGUACCAGAGGGAUUCAGCCUCAGCCUGAGGGAAGACCCUUCCCAUGUGCCCCUAAGACUCAGCACCUGCUUCAGAACCAGAGCCCUGACGUGGAGCUCCUUCCCAGAUGAGGCCCUGAGCCAUGCAGAGAAAGUGGCAGCCUGCUUCCCCUUUCAUCCCCAGCGCUUCUUUGAGUUGCUGCUCGUCUGUGAGGAGGGGAGUUUCAAACUGGCACUCAACGGGAUCCCCCUGGGACAGUUUGACACGCCUUGGGUCUCCUGGGACCGGAUCACAGAGCUGUGGAUAGAGGGUGAUGUCACACUCUACAGUGUCUUCUCCUGACCCCUUCGCUGCCAGGAGUCUUGUGGGCUUUGCUCAGACGGCAUGGACUGGACUGGGCCCUGUGUGUUUGAAGGAACUAUUGCAUGGGGUGGUGAGGCUGCCCCAGUGGGAUAAUCCAGUCUUCCUUCUGACUGAUUCUCCACUUACCUGAACCCCCAUGGACUGGGCUGGCUAGAAGAUUGCAGUGAAUGCUAAGGAAUGGGCCUUUCCUUGCACAGGGUGGCAGAAGCAGGUAAGCAUGGGGUGGUCCUAGAGGCAUCCUCCAGUGCCGUCCUGGGUGGCACAAAAUGGUGACAGGACUCUUCCUUGCAUGGAGUGACAGGUUCCAGCACUGGGCAUGCACCGAGUGGUUCUAGUGGGACCAUCUGGUUCUCUCCAGAUGCCAUAUGGUUUGCUCUAAAGGGCUUGGUUAUGUCCCUGGGCACCAGCUCUCCCUUGGCAUGUAUAUUUGCUCUCCAUUGAGGUUAGUUUGUUUGCUAUUUUAAUUGUAAUAAAGUCUCUUUUCUGCAAUGCUCUGUCUCUGCUGAGCCACCGGCAGGGGGGGAGGGAGAUGCAGAGUGCUCGGGGUGGGGUGAGGAGCUGUCCCACGUGAAAGAUUAAACACGUUGGUGCCUUGAGCCUCUUGGCCUCUGAUUCCCAGUUCCUGUGCUUGUAGCUUUAAGAUGUUUGCCCUUUUCCCACCUGUACUGUGGGGCCUGCUGGCUCCCUGUGGCCCUAUGGGCCUUGAGGCAAGCAGAGACCAGCCAUAGUGAAGGGCAUACUGGCCACAUCCCCAAACCACCCCCUCACAGGUGUAACCUGCACCCACUUAGCAUGGUGGUCUGUCUUCUGCUGGUGAUGGUUGGGCCACAGGAAAUUGACAAA